AAGUAUUGCACUUCCGGUGAUUUCCCAAACAUCUGACAAUGUGCGAUGCGGUGUCUUUUUUACUGGUACACUGUAUCUCCACUUUUCUGAUUUAAUUUGAAAUGGCAUAUUUUCAACCAACUGGACAGAAAAGGCUAACUAACGUUGCUGUUGUUAGGCUUAAGAAAGGGGGCAAACGAUUUGAAAUAGCUUGCUAUCCAAAUAAGGUUGUCUCCUGGAGAAACAAAGUGGAAACUGACAUCGACGAGGUUCUUCAAACGCAUACAAUUUUUGUCAAUGUGUCUAAGGGAGAAGUAGCAAAGAAUGAAGAUUUAAAGAAAGUAUUUGGCACAGACAAUCAACCAGAGAUUUGUUUACAGAUAUUGAAAAAAGGUGAGCUUCAAGUGUCUGAAAAAGAACGCCAUGCGCAGUUGGAAUCCAUGUUCCGAGAUAUUGCAACAACUGUAUCGGACAAGUGUGUUAAUCCCAAGACCAACCGUCCAUACACCGUGACUUUGAUUGAGAAGGCUAUGAAAGACCUUCAUUUUUCUGUGAAACCAAAUAAAAGCACAAAACAGCAGGCCCUGGAGGUGAUAAAACAACUUAAGGAGACAGAGACCAUUGAUAUUCAGCGAGCUCUGAUGAGAAUCAGAAUAACUGUUCCAGGUAAAGAUGGCAAAAAAGUCAAAGACAAACUAAAGAAACUUGCUGCCAAAGUAGAAGAGGAAGAUUUUUCUCCAGAUCUUGAAAUGGUAAUUUUAGUUGAUCCUGGAUGUUUUCGUGAAAUUGAUGACCUUGUAAGAGCUGACACAAAAGGCAGAGGUCAAUUGGAGGUCAUCAGUCUGAAGGACAUUGAAGAAGGUGACGAGAUGCUAUAACCUCUAAGCUUUUUGAAUGACAUCAACUGAGGAGACCUGUACUCCAUACUCCAUAAACCAGAUUAACUGAGCCCAAUUCAGAUCAACAGCUUAUAAAUUUUAACAAACAACGCAGAGGCAAAUGUUAUAUUGCAUUAUUUAUUGCAGUACAUUUUAAAAAAAAUCAACAUGUUCACAACUCAUAUUUUCUGUAAAUGUGUACAUUAAAGCCAUUGUCAGAAGAAAGGCAAUACAUGAUUUACUUGUACUGGAAAUUUUAAUACACAUGUAAAUAAAACAUGAGUUGGG